AUGGCUUUUGGCACCGAGCGUCACUGGAGCGCAUGGAAUUUCUUCAUCUGCUGGAUGGUCUCCCUGGGCCAGAUUGCUUUUGGGUACCCUGCUUCAAUCAUUGGGGUCACUCUUGCACAACCGUCCUUUUUGGUGUACAUGGGCCUCCUUGAUGUCACACAAGACCCUCCAGCCAUGACUCCAGGAGCGGACCAGAAAAUCGGCGCAAUGUCAGGAGUCUUCCAAGCUGGCGCCGCCAUCAACGUUUUUAUCGCCGGUUAUGUCUCAGACAAAUGGGGACGUAAAGCAGGAUUUCACUGGUGUGGGUUCCUGUCGCUGCUCGGAGGGGCGCUGCUUUGCGGUAGCAGAAAUGCCACCAUGUUUAUUGUCGCUCGCCUCUUUGCAGGGGCUGGGAGCUGGGGCUACCUAGCAGUCACGCCGUAUUACUCUGCAGAAUUAGCACCGCCAGGCCUGCGUGGCCUCAUGGUGGGCAUGAACGGCGUUAACAUUGCACUGGGCUACGCUCUUGCCAGCUACAUGGGUCUCGCCUUUUACUAUGUGGAUGACCCGCAGACACAGUGGCGAGCUCCUUUGGGCAUAGCACUUGUUUGGCCGGUGAUGAUGGUUCUGGUCUGUUUCGUCAUUCCGGAAUCCCCGCGUUAUCUUCUCAUGAAGGGGAAGAUUGACGAAGCGAGGGACGUUGUCUUCAAGUUGCAUGCGUCGAAGAAUGAUCCUGAUCAAGAAUUUGCUCGUGGGGAAUUCUACCAGAUGUCAAAGCAAGCGGAGUUGGAUCGGACGAUGGAACCGGGCUGGAUGGAAAUAAUACGUCGACCCAGCUACCGCAAGCGCACGAUCAUGGCCAUGGGCUUCGCAUUCAUUGGUCAGUCGACUGGGGUCUUGGUUUUGAAUAACUAUGGUCCAACCAUUUACGCCGCCCUGGGUUAUGAUACCUUGUACCAACUAAUCUUCCAGUGUGGCUGGAUCACUGUUGGCAUUAUUGGCAACUUGGUGGGGGCUCUCAUUAUGGACUGGACAGGCCGCAAACCGCUACUUGUCAUGGGAGUUGCUGGCUGCUGCGUGUCCCUCAUUCUUGAAGCUGCAAUGGUUAGCUCUUUCGCAGAGGAAGCAACCAACAAAGCCGGUCUUCGAAUGGGUGUUGCGGCUGCAUACCUGUUCUUGCUCGUAUACAGCAUCGGCAUCGACGUGGCUGGCGUGGUCUUUUAUUCCGAACUCUUCCCCAACCAUCUGAGAGCAAAGGGGUUGUCUCUUAGUAUUUGCGUCAUUGCACUCACCGACUUGGUCUAUCUACAAGUUGCAGCGACGGCUUUUACCAACAUCGGCUGGAAGUUUUAUCUGGUCUUCAUCAUCAUUUCAGGCCUGGGCACGUUCUUCGCGUACUUCUAUCUUCCAGAGACGAAGAAUAUUCCGCUUGAAGAAAUGGCGAAACUGUUUGGAGACGAAGUUGCUGUCUACGCCGAGGACCUUCACGUCGAUCAUCGCACCCAUGAACUCAUUGUCGAUGAACACGGUCACCACGAUAUACACAAAGUCGCCACUGAGGCUGGUGUGCCACGAAGUUCCACAGGUGGAGACGUGGAAAAGCAAGGUGCUGUUCCCAGGACUUCUGUUGAGCAUGUCGAAGCCCAGCAAAAUACAAAGGAAUAG